GAGAGUAAGGAAGCCGACAGGGACCUGAGCGAGGCCAAUCAGCGGCCACAAGGAAGAGUGCGGAAAGGCCCGCCCGCCUGAUCCUGCGAGUGACGUUCGGCGGCCCUGAGCUGGUGGCGUAGCCGUCCGCCAUCCUUCGUCUCGUCCGCUUGCCUGGAGGCGUCCUGCCUCGGCGCUGGCCCUGCGGCCAUUUUGGGCUUCGCUUCCACCCGCCCGCCGGCCCAGCCCUUCCGGGGUCGCUUAGCUGAGGGGCUUUUCCACGGUCCGUCUCUCCUGGCAAGUCGCCGCCGCCGCCUCCGCGGAAGGGCUCCUAUCUAUGGUGGAGAGGGCUGGAGAGGACUAGGACACCUCCUUUCCGCCAGGAUGGAUGUUGCCUCGGCCGCCGCGUCCUGUGCCCGCCGUUCCGGACUGUGGUCUGCCGCCCGCGGCCGAAGCCGCUCUCCUCUGUGGCUCUUCUGUUGGCCCGGGGAUCGGCCUGGGGCAUCAACUCCACCGCUGGGCAAGGCUGAGACUCUGUAGGCCUUUUGGAGUCCCUCCCGGCCGCCCGCCGCUGAGCUCCGCGUUCCUCCCUGAGAGACUGCCGAGAACGCGGAGAUGGAGCCGGCAGCAGACGGAUCGCGGGAACGGGCCGCCCCGCUGGCGGACUCCCGGUUCCGGCUGCCCUUCUUCUUCCCUCGGCGCUCGCGACCAGGCACUUCCGAGUUCCCCGCACCUCCUGCCUCGGAACACUCCGGGGAUCUCAAACUGGCUUCUUGUCCCCCGCCCGAGGCUCGGCGCAGCUCGUGGAUGCAGGUGCUUUCCCAAUUCUUCGCGCCGCUCCCCGGCUUGCUUCAGAAGCUGCUGAUCUGGAGCCAGCUUUUCGGUGGGAUGAUUCCGACCAGAUGGCUAGAUUUUGCUGGAGGCUACAGCGUGCUGAGAGCCCUGAGGGCCCGGGAGGAACCCGCCGCCCCCACGGCGCCGAAAUCUCUGAGUUCGCUGCGGCUCGACCCCUCGGCUGACGCGGCCGCCGUUCCCCUCGAUUGGCUAGAGGAGGGCAUCCACUGGCAGUGCUCGUCCCCAGAUCUAGAAUUGGAACUUAAAGCCAAGGGAGGAACUUUGGACUCCGCGGCCCACGCUUUUCUCCUAGAGCAGCAGCUGUGGGGAGUGGAGCUCCAAGCCAGUCUGUUCUCCGGCCGGGAACUUGGCCCUUCGCCCUCCGGGCCUCUCAACGUUCAGCGCUUAAGCAAUGCCAACGUCGUCUCCUAUUUGCUGAGCCCCUCUUAUCUGGACUGCCUGCCCCGGGUAGAGCUGAGCUAUCAGAGCAGCGUUGGAAGUGGCGAGCUGGUCGAUUUCCAGGCGCUGAGCUCAGAGAGCGGCUGCCUGGAUGAGGUCCCGUCUCAUCCCCAGCCGCUCAACGCGGAGAUGGUUCGCGUCUCGUGGCAGGGAUGUGCGCCUCUCUCUAGAGAAGGGCUGCCCGAAAUCCACCAUCUUCGCAUGAAGCGGCUGGAAUUCCUUCAGCAGGCCAGCAAGGGCCAAGCGUUACCCACCCCUGACCAAGAUCAUGGCUACCACAGCCUGGAGGAGGAGCACAGCCUGCUCCGGAUGGAUCUGAAGCACCGCAGAGAUAGUGCAACACAGUGUGUUCCCGCUGCUGGAGCCGUUCCCGGAACCGCUCAGGAACCCACUGAGGAGAAAAUAGAAUUGUUGACUAAAGAGGUUCCCCUUGCUUUGGAAAGACAGGGCACCUCGGAAGGCUGUCUAUCUUGUGAGGUUCCUACGGAGCAGGAGCCUGGAGAGGACCAAAUAAGUGUAGUUGACUCCUCAGACAUAGACGAUGACCUUCCCACUUCUGCCAGACCAGCCUGUAGCAACAAAUUGAUAGAUUACAUUUUGGGAGGUGCAGCCAGUGACCUGGAAACAAGUUCUGAUUCAGAAGGUGAGGAUUGGGAUGAAGACGCUGAGGAUGAUGGUUUUGAUAGCGAUAGCUCACUCUCAGAAUCAGACCUUGAACAAGACUCAGAAGGGCUCCACCUUUGGAACUCUUUCUAUAGUGUCGAUCCUUAUAACCCCCAAAACUUCACAGCAACAAUUCAGACUUCUGCCAAAAUUCUUCCCAGAGACCCUUCUGGCUCAGAGACGGAUUUGUCUGACAAGUCUAAUCUAGAAAAUCCUCCCUGGACUGCAAGCCUUCCUCAGUCUCCUGACCGUAAUUCUGGAGAAGAAGAUGACUGGGAAUCUAGUGCAGAUGAAGCAGAGAGUCUCAAACUGUGGAACUCUUUCUGUAAUUCCGAUGACCCCUACAACCUUCUAAAUUUUAAGGCUCCUUUUCAAACAUCAGGGAAAAAUUGGGAAGGCUGUCGUGACUCAGAGAGGCCAUCUGAGUCUAUUGUGGCCAUUUCUGAGUGUCACACCUUACUUUCCUGUAAGGUGCAACUGUCAGGGAGCCGAGAAAGUGAAUGUCCAGACUUGGUACAGGGUGGGGUUCUUUCUGGAGAAAGACACACACACAUCCAGAGAAAAAAGGUAACCUUCCUUGAAGAAGUUACUGAGUAUUAUAUAAGUGGUGAUGAGGAUCGAAAAGGACCAUGGGAAGAAUUUGCACGGGAUGGAUGCAGGUUCCAGAAACGAAUUCAAGAAACAGAAGACGCUAUUGGAUACUGCUUGACAUUUGAGCACAGAGAAAAAAUGUUUAAUAGACUCCAGGAAAUGUGCUUCAAAGGACUUAAUGUUUUUGAGCAAUGUUAAGAUGAUGUGACAGCCUCUGGCCCUAGCAAACACUACCUCUUACUUGAGAGGUUUCUUUUAAAAACAAAAAUUGGCAGCUGUCCUUUGACUUUUUUCUUAGAGGAUAUGCAACUUGGAUCCAGUGACCUAGUUUAAUAUAUUUUUUUUUGCAACAUAUCCCACUCAGAAAUGUACAGGUUUGAAGCCAAGCCCUGAAAAUGAAGGAUGAGAUGGUGUGAUUUCUAAUCCUCCUUUUUUGUUUAGUUGGAUUUGUUUUUGAAUGUUGUUUGCUUGCUGAAGUGAAAAGGGGACCUCUUAAGGUGUAGUUUUGCACUUUGAAAACUUAUUUUCUUGGGAAACAAUAUUUAUAGGGUUCGAAGCCCAUUUUUCAUUCUAAUUUAAAUUACGUGUACCUGUCUAAAAACUUUGGGCUCUUUUUUCCCCCUGAACAUUCUGAAAUUAAUGGGCUGUUAUGUUUUCUCUAUAUUUUUUUAUUUCAGUAAUUUGGCCCUUCUACUUCAAGGCUAAGAAAUAAUCUUGUAUGUACUACCAACUUAAAGUACAUUAUCUUGUGUCAUUGUGGUUUUUUUUCUUUCUAAAAAUGACUGGUUGAAAAUGUGUGGUGGGUUUUUAUUUCUAGAUUAAGCUCUACCUAGGAUAUUUCCAAGGACUGCCACAAAACCUAUAUGUGCAGUACUUUCUGUUACUUUGGGAACGCUGCAUAUUUCUGCCAAAUUUUAACAUCUGAUAUACUUAAUUUCUGUGCAAACUCUUUUUUGAAGAAGGUUCUGUAUAUGUUAUUAUAGUUCCCACUUGGGUGGUUCUUUGUGUCUUCAACAGGUAGAAAUUGUUGUAAAAGACUCCAGAAGUAAUAAUUGCAUCAUAGUUGCUUUUAAAUUUAAAAGCUUAGAAUUUUCCUAGGAAGAAGAUAGGAGACAUCUCAGAGCAGUUUAGUCUUGUUGUAUGUGCUCUCAAAAGAGAACCAGUGUUAUUAAUAUCAUGCCUCAGCACCGUCACUUUUAAAACCUGUCAGGAUGGCACUGUGAACUUGGAAAUGGGCAGUUCUUAAUUUUCCAGUUUGAAAUGUAAAAUGUAGACUUCAGUCAAUAUCCAAGUUUAUGAUGUUCUCCUUUUUUAAUAGUGAGAGAAGUAAUGGCAAAGCCUAUAGUUUAAGGAAAUAACUAUAGAUUUAACAAAUAGAAAGUCUUAAUAUCU